GGAAACAUUCUCGAGAUCACCGAUUAUUCGACGAACAUGGCAUCCUUUUGGUUUCUGAACAUGUUAGCCCUUCAGCUCCUCUAUCACCACAAGGAUCUCGACGAACAUCACUUGGGCGUGUUGAUCAGCUGGUUAAUUGGAGAAAUUACCUUGCUUCGAGAGAGGCACCAUUCUCGAGAAGAAUUUUUUAAAGAAAUGAGAGAGAUCUUUAUGGCGGCAGCUGAGGAAGUAUCAAAUCAGGACAGACUGUUGUACUGGGACGAAAUUAUGUAUGAAAGUGACGCAGAAGAAGAAACCGAAGAAGAGAAGGAAUACACAAAACAAAAUGCGGGUAAGUCGGAACAGACGCUUAAAAGUCAAUUUUCAUCAUUCUUACAAGAAACUCCCAAACAUUCGAGUAAGAUUGAUCCACUCUUCGCGCUGGAGAAAGUAAUCGAAUCUACAUACAACAUGUAUGCCAACGAGUUACGAUACAGCCUUGUGUACGCAGUUUUCGUUGAACCGAUAGAGGUGCAGACUUAUAAUCUACCAUUCGUUUUUCGGCCACCUCGUCCGGUGAAGCUUACAGAUAAAACGAUGUCUUUUAAUAUGCAACUUCGUGAAAGUGUUAAAAAGAUUAAAGCAAUCGAAAAAGCUAGGAUGACUACAGGUAAAAGGAAAGGUAAAGCAACUGAUAAUGUACCUGCAACCCCUCCACCGUCUUUGAGCGACGAGAAAAUAUUAAUAACGAAGCGGUUAUUUAUUUUACCACUGAUAGAUGCAAAGGAGGCAUUGAAGGUCUUUGAACCACAGUGA